AGUUGGUGAGAAACUUUUGUCGGGUGUAGACGUGCGCGAAAAAAAGUCCGCUCCGAAUCGAAAAUCGAAAAGUUGCAAAGAAGAAGUGAAUUAAUUAAUUUUCUUCGAUAUUAGUUGCAGAAAAUUAUUCAGUUAGUGUUAGUGAAGUUGCGCUUAUUAAAGCAAAAAUCUAUAACUACUUGAAAUGCAGUUUUGAUUAAAAGCAAUUUGCACAACAACUGGAUUAAUCGAUUGGGGAAAAAAUCGAAUAAAAUAAAAAAAAAGUUUCGCAAAAAAUUGCAGCUGGAAAAGUGAAAACAUUGCCAAUGAUAUAACUGAAAUCUCAUUUAAAUAAUAAGCACAAAGUGGUUUGAGAACUCACCCCGUUAAAAAAACCACACAGUUGAAAUUAAUUUAAACGAAGCUUUCAAGAAACAGAACGACCGAUAAUAUUUGCGGACAAAAUAGACGAACGACAUCAAUGAUUGAAUGCCAAACGAAACUUACUGAAUAAAUAAGUUUUAUAACAGAUAGAUAUAUAAAUAUAAUAUAUUUUUAUAUUUUUGUGAAUACAUUUGAUCAGAUUUCAACAUACCAACCUCAUGGGUUAUGUAAUCGUUCAUAUGUAAAUUGAAUUUAGGUUGGUACGAGUCGUCAAGCAAAAAAGUACAUAAAAAACGAUUGCGCUUGUGUUUACAUGAUCGGUGUGACAUUAAAUGUGUAUCAAUAAUUCAUUAAAGAAAGACGAAAACAGCAAAGCAGUAGAGUCGCUGUCUCCAUAAAUAAAUACAGAAACAACACACACGUUGGUAGACAAAAAAUAAAAAAUAAAAAAAAAUCAAAACCCGCGAUCGUUGCAAUUGAAAAAGUCACACGAAAAAUAAGUCUGUGAAGAAAAAUCAGUAAAAGUUGCUUUUUUCUCUUCUCUUCAUGUUGUCUCUUGCAAUAAAUUCACUUUAGUUUAUUGCGGAACGCGGCUGUAUUAGUCGAUGAAUUCACCGAAAGAGAAACAACACAGGGCAGUGAAUGAAUCCAAUUCGUCGGGCAUUGUCUAGAAUCGGUGAAAUAUUGGUUUUGUAUCUCAAGUUUUCGAUACUCGCCAUUGUACUCUAUGCCAUUGUCUACGGCUAUCUACGAUAUUUCGAAGACAUAUCAAUCACGGAUGUUGGAAAUAGCAGCUUAGAUUCUCAUUCAACAAUUCACUCCGAUCUAUAAAUCUUGUUUGGUUGCUUAUCACUGGCCCGAUACUCAUUGAACCAUGACGAAAUACAAACGAUGGAUAUUAUUGUUAACAGCACUGACAGUAUUUGUCGUGCACGUUGAAAGUCUGAGAGCUACAUCACUCAUUCAUGCUGGGAAAUUUUCUAAACUACUCAACACAACCACAAGUACGACGACCACUGAAGAGUCGCCGCCGGCUGAUAAGCUUCGUGAAAUACUCGAUGAAGUGCCUGAUGAUGAAUUAACGAUCGAAGUUAAUGGAACAAAAAUAGCCUUAACAGGAAUUCCACAAAUUGAUUAUGUAUGGGAUCCGAACCUUCCACGAGAAUUAAACGGAUUCAACCUCUCAUCGUACCCUUUCCUCGACUCAAUGCCCGCUGAAGAAGACAUCGGAUUUGAUUGUGAAGACAAGAUAAACGGCUUUUAUGCAUCAAUCAAAUUUGGCUGUCAACUUUAUCAUCAUUGCUUAUAUGGCGUCCGAUCGGAUUUCAUUUGCGCAAAUUUCACGGCAUUUGAUCAGAAAACUUUUAUUUGCCAUUUUGCGUCUGAAGUUGAUUGCAAAAACUCCUACAAAUAUUGGAGUAGAAAUGAUGACUUAUACAAAGCAACAACUGAAAAGUCAACGACUCCUGGGUCAGGCUUAGUGCCACUAAUUGAUAGAAAUUUAUAUAAACGACCAGCACCAGGCAGUUCACCAUUGGGCGGAGCCUCGAGAGAUUCUUCAGCAACACAAAGCAAGGAUUCGCCGAAUCUAGGAGCGGCAAAUAACAAUCAACCUCCACUUCGGAGUGCUAUUAAUAACAACGAUGACUUUCCUGCUCCAGUUGGAGCUCGGCCACCAUCAAAUCGACCUUUGCGAAGGCCAUAUCGUAGGAGACGACCACAAAUAGAUUAUUAUUAUUAUGACGACGAUUACGAGGAUGAUUUUUACGAUGAUCGCGGAAGGCGUCGACAGCAAAGGCCUAGAAAUCGAAGACCAAUUUACGAUGAUUAUGACAAUCGAAGACCGUACGAUGACAGAGAUAAUCGUAAACCGAAUAACGACGACUUUGAUGAUUAUGAGUAUGAUAGACGACCAUACAGAAAUCGAAAUCGUUCAGAGUCUCGACGAAAUGGUGACGAUCGUAGGAGGCAAGAAGAUCGUCGUUUUGAUGAUAGACGUCGGCCUUACAAUAAAGAUGAUCGUAAGCCAAUUGAUGAUCGCAGACGACCUGACGAUGAACGAAGAUUUUAUGACGAUAGAAGAACUUCAGAUGACCGACGACAAACUGAUGACCGCAAGAGAUAUGAUGAAGAAAAGGGACAAUCGGAAGAUCGAAAAUAUGGUCGAAGAAAGAAUCAUGACGACACUUUGGAAGAAAAAAGAAAAGAGAGAGCUCCGGAACCUCGUCAAGAAGCUCUUGCAAAGAAACAAUUCGUUGAGGAAACUCCUGGCGAUGAGAGAAUAGUUAAACCAAUUGGAUCAAUUUUUGACCGACCUCGGCCUUCGCCUAAAAUUUCUCGACCUGUUCCGUUAAGUGAGAAGAACAAAUAUUUAUACAAAUCCCCUGAGAAAUCGACAUUAGCCGAAGAUGAUAACAGAAAAGAUGAAGAAUAUUAUGAAGAAGAAUACGACGAUCUUCCAUCGUCAUCUGCAGCAACAAAUAAUUUUCGCAUAAAUCGUUACAAGAAUCCAUACGAUAAGCCUGUAAUCGAUCAAAGUUUAACGAAAAAUGUAGCUCAAUUCGGAGAUGAAUUGUCAACUUCACAAUAUUCAGCGACUAGAAAACCUUUGCCAGCACUUUCUAUUGAAAAGAAAUUUGCAAAUAAGCAAACAAUAUUUGAUCCAACAACGACUGAAACAACUUUGUCGACAGCAACUCAAAGUAAUUCAUACUUACAAAGAUUUUUUGGUAGAACGACCAAUGAACAGAUUGAACCAGAAAAUAUUGAAGAUCAGAGAGCAGUUGUGAGGGUUGUUAAGCGACCAUUCUUGCCUAGUCGAGGUGGUAAUCCUUUCAAAGGUCGAGGGUUACAACCAGUUGGACAAAUAUCUCAACAGCAGACUUCAGAUCAAGUCAAAAACAAUCAUUAUAAUCAAAAACAACCUUUUUUAAUAAAUUCUAACGAUCGUGAGGGGGCUCAAAAGACAACACUCGAUGAUAUAUAUAAUGAAGAGUAUGAUGUCGAAAUUAAUGAUGCUUUAAACCCCAUGUUGAAACCUUUAACUUCUAGUCGCGGCAUCAGUGGAUUUUCAUUUUCGUCAUUGCCCAACGACGAACGAGAUGGUUACAAAUCCCAAAGCCGACACAGCAUUCAAAGAGCUGAGGCGCCUGAAACAUCAUCGACAACGACCACUACAGAAGUCCCAAUAUAUGAUGAAUACGAUGAUGACGUCGAAUAUGAAUACAAAUAA